UAUGUUAAAAGACACACCACUGAGAGUUGCCAUAUGUAUCCUUAUUCCCUCCACACUUUCGGCUUUUCCCUACAUCUGCAAACUACUUUUUCUAAAUUCUCAUAACCAAAUCAUGAUACUGCAAUAAUUUAAUCAUGCUUUUUCGUAUAAAAUUUAUUAAUGUUCCUCCAUAUACUAUAGUAUUUUCUUACCUGUUUUAUAAAUUUUAAAGAGCGGCGUACGAUGUUUCAAAUCGUAAAAAAUUAGUUCUUGGUUGACUAAAAUACUCUGGAAGGCAGCAGUAAUGCUAUGGCAAUGAUGAGACUCAAGGGUACAGCUUACAAGUGGGAAUUUCAUAAAGAAAUUGGCAUGGAAGUUAAAGCUAAGACAAGCUCAUUACAUGUUUAAAGAAGAAGCUUUAUUGAAGUAACAAAAUAGAAGAAUCUGCAGUUCUGUUUCAGAUUAUAGAAGAAUCUUGAAAUUCAAGUUAGGUUUUUGAAAUUUAAUGCAGAAGAAAUUGGGAGCUCGAAUAAGUGGUCAAGAUCGGGCAUUAUCUGUUUUUCUUUUUCGCGGAAAGAACCCUUUGUGGUCACUACUGUAUUAAAGCUGAAGCAUUCAUUUGUCAGAAGUUUGGGCCAUGGUAUUUAAGCAUGGUAUAAUGACACAAUAGUUUCAGAAAGGGAGUCAAAAAUCGAAAAGCAAGGAAGUUUUAGACAUGAAGUUUAUGAAACUUGGAUCUCGGCCAGAUACUUUCCAUACUACUGAUGGUGUGAGGUCAGUAUCCUCGGAGAUCGUUACUGAUCUUAUAGUGCAAGUUGAAGGAAACAGAUAUCUGCUUCACAAGUUUCCUCUGCUGUCAAAGUGUCUGCACCUUCAGCAGCAAUGCUUCGAAGCUCCUGAAUCUUCAUCACAACAAGAAAUCAUAUUCCCAGAAUUCCCUGGUGGAAUUGAGGCAUUUGAAUUAUGUGCAAAGUUCUGCUAUGGUAUCACUAUCACUAUUAGUGCCUACAAUAUUGUAUCAGCUCGAUGUGCUGCUGAAUAUCUACAGAUGACUGAGGAUGUUGAAAAGGGGAACUUGAUUAAUAAGCUUGAAGUUUUUCUUAAUUCUUGUGUACUUCAUGGCUGGAAGGACUCAAUCGUGACCUUACAGAGUACCAAAACGUUCCACGCUUGGGCAGAAGACCUUGGUAUCACUAGCAGAUGCAUUGAAUCUAUUGUUUCCAAAGUUAUUUCCAACCCCUCAAAGGUGAAUUUAUCACACAGUUAUUCCAGAAGAGGUAAGGACGACGCCCUGUCUUGUAAUGGAUCGGAGAGCAGAUCUAAAAAUAUGUCCACGGGCUGGUGGGCUGAAGAUAUUGCAGAGCUGGGAAUUGAAAUUUAUUGGAGAACAAUGAUGGCCAUAAAAUCAAGUGGAAGAAUUCCUUCUAAUAUUGUUGGUGAUGCAUUGCGGAUAUAUGCUCAUCGAUGGCUACCAAAAAUAUCAAGAGCUUUUAACAAUGAGAAGCAAGUUGAAUCCUCCCUUGAGUCGGAUUCAGUUGCAGAAGUAGCUUCGAUGCCUAGGCUUUUCUUAAAAUCAAUAAUUACGUUGCUUCCAGUGGACAGAACUGCUGUUUCUUGCAGCUUCUUGCUUAAACUUUUAAAGGCAGCCAAUAUACUGAGAGUAUCUUCUUCUACAAAGAUAGAACUGGCCAAAAGAAUCGGAACUCAAUUAGAGGAAGCAACAGUUGGUGAUCUUCUAAUUCCUAAUAUGUCGGUCUCAUGCAAAGAGCAAUAUGAUGUUGAUAUUGUCAUUACCAUAUUAGAGCAGUACAUGUUACAAGGACAGAGUCCCCCAACUAGUCCUCCAAGAUCCAAGGGAGAUAUCCAUAGGAGGUCCCGUUCAGCUGAAAACAUUUCAGAGCUUCAUGAAAGUAGAAGGUCAUCCUCAGCCUCUCACAGCUCUAAACUAAGAGUUGCAAGACUUAUGGAUGGCUAUCUCCAGGUGGUUGCUCGUGAUGCUAAUUUACCACUUCUAAAGUUCAUUGCAAUUGCUGAGGCUAUUCCUGAGUUUGCAAGGCUCAAUCAUGAUGACCUAUACAGAGCCAUCGACAUCUAUCUCAAGGGACAUCCAGAGCUUACUAAGAGUGAAAGGAAGCGUCUGUGCCGAGUUCUUGACUGCAAAAAGUUGUCUGCAGAAGCCUGCACACAUGCAGCACAAAACGAAUUACUCCCACUUCGCGUAGUGAUUCAAGUCCUUUUCUUUGAGCAAGCUCGAGCUGCUGUUGCUACAGGCCAAAUGACCAAUAUUCCAGGCAAUAUCAAGGCACUUCUAGCAGCACAUGACGAUCCAAUGAGGCCUCUCGAGCCAUCAAUUAGUGGCAAAACUUUGCAAACAGAUGACCAGUGGAGCGUUUCAGGCCUUAAGACGCCAAGUUCUAAUGUUUCAACUCUAAGAAUGAAGCUGGAAGAAGAUGAUGACUUGGAUGAAAGCUACGUGAGUGGAUUUGGGAAAUCAUCUCAAGUCAAGGCAACUCGUUCCCAUCCAAAUCGGCCUAGAAGAAUGUUCAGUAAGCUGUGGUCCAUCAACAGGCAAGGAAGUGAAAAGAGAUAACGUGUAAUUAAUUUAGCUGAUGAGGUGACUGGUCCUGUAGGUUUACGUAUUGAUUUAUCCUGUCCAGUGUCUUCCUUUCCUUUCUCUUUGUUAAUUAAAUGAUUAGAGAACACGAUCAAUUCAAUGUGCAUUAUUGGUGUAAUCUGUGUCAAUAAUCAAAUAGCAAUACAUGAUUACUUAAUUACAUGAGAUAGAAUCUCGAAGGUGCUUCUUCUUUUGUAUAAUUUGGAAGGAUCAAGAUGAUGUUAUAUUAUUGCUCC